AUGGCAAAGAGACAAACAGAACAAAACGCUGACGACAACGACGACGACGACGACGACGACAACUGGGCCAAUCUUUUCGUUUCUUUUUUUCGCCAUCGCAAUACUCAUGCUGUGUGUAAUAUGGAAAUCGAGACGACGAUGUGGAAAAUUUUUGUUCAACAAAAAAAUAAAGAAGAAGCGCAAGCUGCAUGA